GCCGUAUCUUGGUAUAAGACGGCCAGCGGAGCCGAUAGCGAUCGCACCCCCGCGGCUCAGUUCAGUCUCUCGCUCAACCAUGCGUUCGCUCUUCCACUCCCUCGCGCUGCUCGUCGCGCUCCUCGCCCGCGUCGCAUCUGCCGUGCACACCGUCGAAGUCCAAGGCCAGAGCUUCGUGGACACGGUCACGAAGAAGCGAUUGAUGGUCAUCGGCGUCGACUACCAGCCCGGCGGUCAGGCGGGCUACAAACCACAGGAGGGGCGCGAUCCGCUGUCUGAGGUCGAUAUCUGCCUGCGAGAUGCGAUUAUGCUUCAGCGGCUGGGCGUCAACACGAUCCGUGUGUACAAUGUCGAUCCGACGCUCAACCACGACGAGUGCGCCAGCAUCUUCAAUGCGGCGGGGAUCUAUAUGAUCAUUGACGUUAAUGGCCCGUUCUCCGGCGAAAGCAUUAACAGGGCUGAGCCGUGGACGAGCUACCAUGAGGAUUAUCUCAAGAGGAUAUUUGGUGUCGUGGAGAACUUCAUGGGGUAUCCGAAUACGCUAGGGUUCUUUGCCGCGAAUGAAGUUAUGAAUGAUAUGGAUACCGGGAAGGUCAAUCCGCAGUAUAUUCGGGCCGUACAACGCGAUCUGAAGAACUACAUCAAGAACCACGCCGACCGUACCAUCCCCGUUGGCUACUCGGCCGCCGACGUCCGCGAAAUCCUUCAGGAUACCUGGGCCUAUCUCCAGUGCGCGCAUGACGAUGACCAGUCCUCGUCCGACUUCUUCGGCCUGAAUUCGUACUCCUGGUGCGGAGGCGACGCUACCUUCGAGUCGGCACAGUACGAUGUCUUGGUCGACAUGUUCAAGAACAGCAGCAUCCCCGUCUUCUUCUCCGAAUACGGCUGCAACGAAGUCAAGCCGCGCGUCUUCGACGAAGUGCAAGCCCUCUACGGCGAGCAGAUGACCGUCCUCAGCGGCGGCCUCGUCUACGAGUACAGCCAGGAAGAAUCUGACUACGGCCUGGCCAUCAUCAAUGACAACGGCACUGUCACUCUCCGCGUAGACUACGAUAACCUGCAGGAACAGUUCAACAAGCUCGACAUGGCCCGCAUCGAAUCGCUCAACCCCACAGCGACCUCUAUCGACGCACCUGAGUGCACCUCAAGGCUCAUCACCAACCAGGCCUUCGAUACAAACUUCACGAUCCCGGAUGUCUGCCCCGGCUGCGCCGACCUCAUCGAGAACGGCAUCGACAACCCUACGCGCGGCCAGCUUGUCGAGGUCACAGCAACCGAAGCGCCGAACGCCAUCUACGGUUCCACGGGCACCGAAGUUGAGGGCCUCACACUCAAGCUCCUGCCUAAUGACGAGGCGAACGGGCCGAGUGGCGAGACGACAAGUCCGUCUGGGACGGGGACGGGAAGCGCGGCAGAGCCAAGCAAGACGGGUGCGGCUAGUAAGAUUACUGGCGGCUGGGGACUGCUCGUUGCUGUGUUUUUCGCCUUGCUAACCGCCUUGUAAGAUGAUGCGCCUUCGAUGGU